AUGGCGUCGAAUCUCUUUUCACGGGAUACUGUUCCUGGCCGAGUCACGAAGUCAUUCUACGAAGAGCUUAGAGGGACCAGCAGAGAAGACGAAGACAUCGAGAAUAACGCUGCUGCUGAUCUGGACGAGAACAACUGGAACCAGCAUUUUCUAGACCAAGAUCUUGACGGCCUUGCUAUCGAAGACAGCCGUACUACGGCUGAUGGUACGGCGAAUUUGAUUCGCCAGGCAAAGAAGACUUCACAAAAUCGACCGGCGGUUUCAAACCACUGGCAUGGCUCAGGCCGUGAGGACGAGGGCGAUAAUGAUGUCCCAGCGUCAUUGCUCGUCGAGGCGAAUGAAGUGGAGCAAAUAGGCAAGUCUACGCAUCGUAAGCAACUGCCAGCCUCGUCACGGCGACAUAAACCACCGGGUCAACCUUCGCGACAGUCGCAAGCGCAAUGGGAACGAGCGCAGUCCCAGCAAAGGCUAUAUCAUGAGUUGCCUCUCCGAUCGCCUGGGGCCAAACCGUCAACCGCACUUGGUAGUGUGGUUUCAGGUAGCCCCAGGGAACAGGCACUUUGGAGGUGGAUAAACGUGUCGAACCUUGACUUUUUCAUGAGGGAUGUGUAUGAAUACUACCUUGGCAGCGGGUUUUGGUGCAUCUUGUGCGAGCGCGCUCUGCACCUUGUGCAAUCUACAUUUAUCACGAUUUUCCUCACCUUUCUUACGCAAUGCAUUGAAUACAACAAGGUGCCUGGGAGUAGCUCACUGUCACAAAUCAUCACCCCUCAGUGUACUAAGAAGAUGUCGUGGUAUUGGAAUCUAGGACUGUGGCUAUUCGUCUUCUAUUUCAUCUGGAAGGCAGUUCAAUUCUCUGUCGACACUCGUCGAUUGAUUACCAUGCGGAAUUUUUAUGUCCAUCUCUUGGAGAUUCCUGAGCAAGACAUGCAAACUGUUUCGUGGCAAGACAUUGUUGCACGCAUCAUGGCACUCAGAGAUGCCAAUCCGAACACGGCACUGAACAUGACCCGGACACAGCGAGACUGGAUCCGCGCGCAUUCAAAAGAACGUUUGGAUGCUAUUGACAUCGCCAGCCGUCUCAUGCGGAAAGACAACUAUCUCAUCGCCAUGAUCAACAAGGACGUUCUGGACAUGACCUUACCAAUCCCGUUCAUGCAAAACCGUCAAUUCUUUUCCGGAACGCUCCAGUGGUGGCUUUACUUCAGCGUCAUUGACCUCAUCUUUGACCAAAGUGGCCAAGUCAACCAAGAGUUUUUGAAAGCAGAUCGACGAGGCUUGCUCAGCCGUAAGCUACGGGAUCGUUUUGUCUGUGCCGGUCUACUCAACCUGCUUUGUACGCCAUUCUGGAUAGGCUAUCAGACGGUGAUUCAUCUACUCAAUUAUUACAAUGAGUACAAGAAGAACUCGGCCACGCUCGGUGAUCGCCGUUAUACAGCCUUGGCCAGAUGGAAAUUCCGCGAGUUCAACGAACUACCCCAUCUAUUUCAAGAACGAAUCAAUAUGUCAUACCCAUUUGCAAGCCGAUAUAUCGACCAAUUUCCGAAGCGGCUCGUAGAACAAGUAGCAAGGUCUGUUACCUUCAUGUCCGGCGCCAUUACCUUCACACUCGCCGCAGCUUCAUUCCUCGACCCGGAGCUAUUCCUUGGGUUCGAAAUCACCAAGGACAGGACGGCGCUUUUCUACAUCGGAGUUUUCGGCACCAUUUGGGCUCUCGCCAGGGGUAUGAUAUCAGAGGAGACUACAGUUUUCGACCCCGAAUUUGCGCUGAAGGGCGUCCUGGACUUUACUCAUCAUAUGCCAGACCAUUGGCAUGGGCGACUUCACAGCUUUGAUGUGAAGCAAGAGUUCUCCGAACUCUAUAAGCUCAAGGUCGUGAUUCUCGCAGAAGAGAUCCUGGGCAUCUUCCUAGCAUCGUUUGUGCUGCUUUUUUCUGCCCCAAAAAGCAGUGACCAAAUAAUCGACUUCGUUCGAGAAUUUACGAUCCAUGUCGAUGGGUUGGGGUACGUAUGCUCUUUUGCCGAAUUUGACUUUAGGAGAGGCCUUGGGAACCAAAAACCGACAGCUGGAGUCGACGAUGUCCGCGAGGAUUAUUACACAACCAAGCAUGGUAAGAUGGCUGCAUCAUAUUACGGGUUUCUUGAGAACUACGUGAUCAACCCCAAGACGGGCAUGCCGGGUGGCCACGUGCCGCCUAGCAUGCGGCAGCAAUUUCACCCGCCCCCGGCGUUCCCAGGGCUCAACUCUCCGAAUCUGGUAGCCGAGAUCCCGGGUUCACGAGAGGGGCGAGGCGAAACAGGCCGCAGCCGUGGCCUUCAAGGGGGCCUGGGCCAUCCGGCGAGGACGCCUCGAUUCGGAGCGUCCAUGACAGCACCUUCCCCCAUGGCAUCGAUGCUGCUCGACCCUCAUCACCAGCCUUCAGGUACAAACCUAAAUGUGCGAAGCACGUACGGUAUUAAAGGUCGACAGCAUCGUGGCGAACACCCACCAGAGCGUGGUAUCCGCGAAGAGCCCACAGAAGAAGGCAUGAGCUCGCAAUUACAAUCCUAUUCUCAGCGUGAAGAUGAAGAUGAAGCGGGCGGACCGCUUGGCGAGUCGGUUUGGCAGACCUCACCCGCCAAGAACUUGAGUAGGGAGAGUAGCGGGGCUUUGUCGCGGGAGCCAGAUACUGGCGUGCUGGGGUUGAUCCAGCAAUUCCAACAAGCCCAACGCAACAAUAGGCUAGGAGGGGCGUGA